AGGCUCCUAUGGCCGGCUGUCAGUACCCCGGAGCCAACCGCCGCCAGAAAUCCUUCCAUAGAGGAGACUCCAGCCUGCUCUGCAGCAGUGUUUGUGAGAGCCUGCAUGAGGAAGAGGAAGAGGAAGCCGGGUCCAGCCCAGAUACAGAUUACGCCCAGCAGCUGUGCAGCAUCCUGGGUUAUGAAACGGCAGAAUAUUUUCUAAAUCCCCCGCCGAUGGAUUUCCAAGUCAGCCCCUCCUUACAGAAAAUCUUAGAUCAAAUGGAAGACCCCCUGGGAGCCGAGGAACUGUGGAGGAUCCUACAAGCAGAAUCCAAGAAGAAGCUUAGUGAAGAGUAUGGUGAACCCAUAAGACCAGAAAUGAUAAAUAUUCUGAAGAAUUUUGCUCAGCGCCCAACGAUGCAGAAAGUGGCCACCAAGCGCCAUCAUCUCACCUACAUCAGACAGACUUUGCAGCACCAGCAAGACUUAACCAACAUGCUUCUGUCUGAAAAUCCACUUCCAGAUAUAAAUGGCUGCCAGGGGGCAGAGGGGCCGCGAGGAUUCCCCUCUCAGAAUACGGGGCACCGAUGUCAUACCGGUCCUGGGCACUCCCAUGCCAGGAGGAAAUGUAGGACCUGAUCUCUGCUUGACAUUUUAGCCUCUGCUAGUUGGGCAUUUAAAGGGACACUACAGGCAAAUCCAAUGUAACCCAACCUAUACUGUGUAUGGACACCGUUGUCAGAUGAUCUGCUGAUCCCUGUUGUGCCAUAUAGCUCUAUAGCAUAAGGAGCGUGAUAAUAUAUCCUGCUGUCUAUAGUUCUUUGAAAUGGUGUGUCACUGCCCCGCCCCCUGUAUGGUCUCCGGACUGCAAGUUAAAGCGGAA